CCGGAAAAUGGCAGACGUUACAACUGUUAUCUCGUUUUCACUGCUAACGGUUUAACAAGUAGAGUUUACCAUGUUAAACUACGCGUCUGAGUGCGGUGAUAUAUUAAAAAACAUAACAUAACACCACUCAGAAUCAAGCAGGACGCAGGGGCGUGGCUUCCAGAGACAAGUGUUGUACGUGCAGAGCGCUCACUCCACCGUGGAUGACGGUUCUGCACUACCAGUUAGACACGUCCUCGGACCUUCAGGACACACUGGAGAACCAGGACCAACCCAGUCUGGUUUGGAGGUGAAGAAUUUGGAGUUUGACUGCUUCUGCUGCCACCCUGUCUGUGAGGCGGAAUAAAAACCUGGCUCCACUGCCUCACAGUCUGCCAACAUUGAGUGAUUAAAGGUGUGUUUGUGCCCAGUUAUAAGCAGCAGACAUCAUGGAGGAUGACCUGAUGUUCAGCAUGGAGGAGGAGGGCAGCGCCAAAAGACCCCCUGCCCAACGAAGUGCCCCAAACCAACGGGCCUGCUCCCUCAGUGAAUCCAACGCCAGUGAUGAUGAUGACGAAGACCACUUCAUCCGCCCCAUCCUGGACGACUCCGCCAUAGAAGUCUGUCACUACCUGAAGAAUCUGGUUUACACCCGGCAGCUGUCAAACUCGCUUCCUAAGAGUAACUUUAUGUACAAGAAUGAAACCGAAACGGAAGCAGAAACUCAGUCGUACAAGGUUUUGUCUCACAGCGCACGGGCGGCAUGGAAACAUGCGAUCGAAAAGGCCAAAGCCAUGCCCGACCCCUGGGCAGAGUUUCAUCUGGAGGACAUCGAGACUGAACCCUGCAUUCGUUACAGGUACAAUGCCAUCACAGGAGAGUGGGCUCAAGACCAGGUCCACAUCAAGAUGGCAGCCCAGCCGUUUGGGAAAGGGGCCAUGAGGGAGUGCUUCAGAACGAAGAAGUUGUCGAAUUUCUCACACAGCAACAACUGGAAGUCGGCGUCUAAUUACGUGUCCAAGCGUUACAUGGAGACGGUGGACAGAAAUGUUUACUUUGAGGACGUCAGGCUGCAAAUGGAGGCCAAACUCUGGGGGGAGGAGUACAACCGCCACCGACCUCCCAAACAGGUGGACAUCAUGCAGAUGUGUGUGAUGGAGAUGACAAACAGACCAGAUAAACCUCUCUUCCACCUGGAACAUUACAUCGAGGGCAAGUACAUCAAAUACAACUCCAACUCUGGCUUCGUGAGGGACGACAACAUCCGACUCACCCCACAGGCUUUCAGUCACUUCAGCUUUGAGCGAUCGGGCCACCAGCUGAUCGUAGUUGACAUCCAAGGAGUCGGAGAUAUCUACACCGACCCUCAGAUCCACACAGAGAAGGGGACUGACUUCGGAGAUGGAAAUCUAGGUGUGCGAGGCAUGGCGCUAUUCUUCCACUCCCACCUGUGUAACAAGAUCUGCAAGAGUAUGGGCCUGACACCUUUUGACCUUUCCCCUGCAGAGAAGUCACAGCUGGACUGCACCAACAAACUGCUUAAGUCAGCCCAGACGGUGCUGAGGGGCUGCGAGGAGCCCUGCGGCUCUCCUCGUGUUCGUACCAUGUCAGGAAGCCGGGCGCCUCCGCUGUUUUCCCGCCUGUCUGAGACGUCUUCUGCAGAUGAUAGCAUGAGCGACGUGGACUCGAUCCCCUGCUCCCCUCUCGCACUCCCCUGCUCCCCGCUAGGUGCACAUGGAUUUAUGGGAAGAUCCCCUAUUGGCUUAUCUUUUACUGGAAUGAAUGAACACGAAAGACUCAAUAAUAACAACACCGGUGAACACAAGGACUCUGAAAGCGGCGGGGACAGCGGCUACCCCAGCGAGAGGAGGAGUGAAGGCGACCCAAAUGACCACGUAGACGGGGCCCAUCAUCGCAUCCAAAGACAUUAUUCUGAAUCGGAUGAGGACAGUGUCAGACGGAGGAAGAUGGUAGCUCCUCCAAGAGUCUCUGCAUAUUUAAAUUCAUACAAUGAUGACCACGAAUGGCUGACGGAGGAGAAGUGGAGCUUCUACCAUUCGUCUCGCGCUCACGUCCACCGACCCUCCUGCGUGGCCACCGAGGUGGAGCGACUCAGCGCUCUGCUGCAGAAGAAGAUCGGCCAGUCGAUCCUCGGAAAGGUCCACCUGGCGAUGGUGCGGUACCACGAAGCGGGUCGCUUCUGUGAGAAAGAUGAGCAGUGGGAUCAGGACUCGGCCAUGAUGCACCUGGAGAGAGCUGCGCUGUGCGGAGAGCUGGAGGCCAUCAUAGCGUUGGGGCAGUGCUGCAUGCAGCUGCCUCAUCAAAUACUGCCAGACAUGGAGCUGGAGGAAAGCGCAGGAAACAGGAUGAAAGGUUUUAAGUACCUGCUGCUGGCUGCUGAGUCUGGAGACAGAUCCUCUAUGGUCAUAGUGGCCAAAGCCUUUGAUACUGGGAUCAACCUGUCAGCUGACAGAAAGCAGGACUGGGAGGAGGCGGUUCAUUGGUAUGACACUGCGAUGAACAUGAUGGACUAUGACGAGGGGGGAGAGUUCGACGGGACGCAGGACGCGCCUCGCUACCUGCUGCUGGCCAGAGUGGCAGAGAUGUACCAAGAGGGAGGCUUCAACCUCACCGCAGAGCCACAGAGAGCAGGUGAUCUGUUUACAGAAGCAGCAGAAGCUGCCAUGGCCGCCAUGAAAGGUCGAUUGGCCAACCAGUACUACAUGAAAGCUGAGGAAGCCUGGGCGCUAAUGGAGGAGUAAUUCUGGACACGCAUUUUGAU